GUGCCUGGCCUGGUCCUCCUUUUCCCGUCCACAGCCUCAGUCCUUCCCUUUUUUCUCCCCCUUCUUUCUGCUUCUUCCUUCCCAUCCACCCUCAUUCACUCGUUCGGUCCUACCCUUCUACCUUCCUUUCUUCAGCCUGGUGCUGUCUGUCUUCCAAUCUCUAUCACGCUCUCUCAAACGGGAGCUCUUUUUUUUUUUUCUGUGUUUCAACCCUCCCCUAACUUUGGUUUCCCCGCCGUCUCCGGUCCAAACCCACGUCUUUGUCUCAAAGUCAUUCUCGACCAUCCACAUUGGACACACCCUGUUUCACAGUCGAAUUGGACAUCAUUUCAGUGCUUGACGACAAGCAAACAUCAUAUAUACCGCUACACCUCCGCAUCACCCCUCCGAUCCGUCGUCUUUCCUGCUGUGGAAUAACCCUGUCUGGCCCCAUCGAGCCCCUCAUCGAUAUCGUAUCCCUUCAUUACCUACCGCUUCAUUGCGACAGACUUCACUCCUCUCCAUCACCCCUUGAAUUCGAAUAUCUUCAAUUCCACCCUUCACAAUGGCCAACUUCCGCCCAAGCAACAUCCUUGGCGACCCGUUCGCGCUCGCCACUCUGUCAAUCUCCAUCCUCGCCUGGCUGAUUGCCUUCAUCUCCUCCAUCAUCGCGGAUAUCCAGACCGACUACCCCAAUUAUUCCUGGUGGGCGAACUGCUACAUGUUCUGCCUGAUUGUCGGCAUAAUCAUAACUUUUGGUACCGACACUUGCAACGUCUAUGGCGUCGCGAUUGUGGGUUAUCUUGCCUGCGGCUUGGUUCUGACCUCGCUCAGCGCCAACAACACGGUCUACGGUAACCAGGGUGCCCUGCAGGCUGCGGGUGCUGGUUUCAUUCUGCUUUCGAUGGUGAUUAUCAUCUGGAUCUUCUACUUCGGCUCUGCUCCUCAGGCAUCGCACCGCGGAUUCAUCGACUCAUUCGCCCUGAAUAAGGAGCAGCCUGGUUCCUACCGCGGUAGCCGCCCCAUGUCCAGCGCAUUCGGUGCUCGCCCCGAGACCAUGGCCACCAGCAACACCCCCCAAAUGUACACCUCCGCUCAAUUGAGCGGUUUCGAGACAUCUUCCCCCGUGUCUGGCUACCCCGGCGGUGCUCCUGGCGCCGAGCGCAACUCAUCCCAACCCCCGCGAUUCGGAGGGUCCAGCCCAGCUCCUGCCGCUGCUCCUUCUGGCGGCGCUGCUCCCCAGGAUGGCGCUGAGGUGCCCCAGCCGACCGAGUACCCCUACCGGGCGAAGGCCAUUUACUCAUACGACGCCAACCCCGAAGAUGCCAACGAAAUCAGCUUCAGCAAGCACGAGAUCCUUGAGGUAUCCGAUGUCAGUGGCCGAUGGUGGCAGGCUCGGAAAUCAACCGGAGAGACCGGUAUCGCACCCUCGAACUAUCUGAUCCUUUUGUGAUCGCUCGUUCGUGUGAUGUCCUGUUUGUCCUUGCUUUUUGAUUUCCAGCCUUCUUACUCUUUGUUUCCCAUCGUGUUGCAAAAUCUGUACCCCCACUUUUGAUACCCUUCGGAUCUUCCCUCGACGUGUGUGUAUUUUUGGUUCCCCCUAACGUGAUGUCUUGAUGGCCUCCCUUUUUUCUUUUUUUUAUCUUCCUAUCUCUUACUCUGUACGCAAGUCUGCCGUGCUCCUUACCUCUCUCUCCUUGACAUUUCUUUUGGCACGCAUUUUCUACCCUGUGGUUUGGUUUGUUUUGUCGGGUGAUUUCCCCGCAAUUGCUCGUCUAUGUCUCUUUGUGUUUUAUGGGAUCAGGUGCUUCAUUUUUCUUCAUAUCAUCCAGGUUAUGUCUGGAGAUAUGAGCCUGCGAUUGGACCUGUAUCGGGGUCUAAUGUCAAGUCUUGGCAUGAAAAGUCGCGGGAUGAUAGGAUUUGCAUAGUUCUUUACAACCACCUAACCUAGGUUGAGGUCCGUUCAUGUGAUGAUGUGAACGUCAAUACUUGCCUCAAUGCAAUCUGAUACUUUCAUUCAUGA